AUGAGGCCAGACAUUGUGUACUCUGUCAGUAAACUAAGCAGGUACACAAGCAAUCCUGGACAUGAGCAUUGGAAAGCUCUAUUAAGAGUAUUAGGGUAUUUGAAUAAAACCAAGGAGAAUGCUUUGCAUUAUGACUCCGAGGAGUCGAAAUCAACUAGCGGUUAUGUAUCCACCCUAGGGGGUGCGGCAAUAUCUUGGAAAUCCUCAAAACAGAUGUGCAUAGCACGUUCAACGAUGGAAUCGGAGUUCAUCAUUUUGGAUAAAGCUGGUGAAGAAGCAGAGUGGCUUCGUCACGUUUUAGAGGAUAUUCCCAUAUGGCCGAAACCCAUGCCUACAAUUUGCAUUCACUGUGAUAAUCAAGCUGCAAUUGCAAGGGCACAAAAUAUGAUAUUUAAACGCUAA